AGAAACACACCUACCAUGAUGGAUAUGGUGCAGGACUGAAACAGAAGCCAGAGGAGAACGACAGACAUCAACCCCUCAUGCCUCAGACACACCCACAUUUUACAUUUGUUUAUAACCUAUUUUAUUCUGUCAGUCUCUGUUAAGGGCCCAAGGCCUCUUACACUCACCCAAAGGCCCCGAGUGUCCCAGGACUCCCCUGUAGUAUGUACCAGAUAGUGCCGGGUGGUCCAGGGGAUCACAGUACAGCUCCUGUGGGCCCUGGGUCCCCUCUGAAGAGGAAGCUGGGACUUGAUCGUCGCCCUCUGGUGGUGGCUGGUAUGUUAGGCUGUAUGCUAGUGCUAGCAGCAGUGGUUUCCUGGUGUUACUACUCUGCAUCGCUCCGGAAAGCCCACCUGCUGAAGGCUGAACUGCUAGACCUCCAAGGGGAUGGAUUCACCAUUCGCAACCAGGCUGGGGCGGUCAUAUUCACUAUGGCCUUCAGGUGUGUGUUAAAAUGAAGUUCCCAAUCUUUUUGUGCUAACCGUGCAUGUCAUUUGUCUCUCUAUGCCAUCUGAGUAGUAGGCCUCUGUGUUUCAUCUCUCUGUUGUAGCUCUACAUUUCUGUGUGAUGCAGUGUUUCCCCUAUAUUCAAUUAGCAGCAGCACGAGUAAACGAGUAAAACCAGAUAGAAAGUAUGUAGAAAAGAUAGUGGAGCUACUGAGUGUACCAAACAUUAGGAACACAUUCCUAAUAUUGAGUUGCACCCUUUUCACCUUCAGAACAGCCUCAAUUCGUUUAGGCAUGGACUAAAAGGUGUCAAGUGUACCACAGGGAUGCUGGCCCAUGUUGACGCCAAUGCUUCCCACAGUUGUGUCAAGUUGGCUGGAUGUCCUUUGGGUAGUGGACCAUUGUUGAUACACACGGGAAACUGUUGAACGUGGAAAAACCAUCAGCGUUGCAGUUCUUGACACACUCAAACCGGUGCUCCUGGCACCUACUACCAUACCCGUUCAAAGGCACUUCAAUCUUUUAUCUUGCCCAUUCACCCUCGGAAUUGUACACAUACCCAAGCCAUGUCUCAAGGCUUAAAAAUCCUUCUUUAACCUGUCUCCUCCCCUUCAUCUACACUGAUUGAAGUAGAUUUAACAAGUGACAUCAAUAAGUGAUCAUAGCUUUCACCUGGUCAGUCUGUCAUGGAAAGAGCAGGUGUUCUUAAUGUUUUGUAUACUCUAAGAAGAAAUAAGCAACGAAUAAUGUACGUUUACAUAAAUUAUGUUUCACAAUUGGGUUAUCAAAUGUAUCAAGGUAAAGAAGUGGGUUACCUUCUGUGUUUGCACAAAUGAUGAGCCUGUGAAAGCUGUUGCGGCAGACAGGUGAAGGUUUCUGGCUGGAUACUUGCCAACGUGUGGCUGACUGUUCCAUUCAUAGGAAUGCUUACAGCGCGCGCAUGUCUGCAUGAUGCUAAGCUAUGCUGCAUGUUCCACUGCAUAUUGGACAUCUCUCGAACAACUGCAGCAGGCAAUCUUAUGAGGUGGUGUUGACUGGGAGGGCCUGCGACAGAGUGAAAUAAUAGACAGCCAAUAGACAGUAAAUUGCAUUUUGUUCUAAAGAAAGGACAAAGCUUUUUGGUAAUGCACUACACAACCAAAAUGACUCUACUAGUUGUAUCUACUUGGCUGGGAAAUUAGCCUACUAGUUUAUCAAGCAGUCUAUUUUUUUAUACAACUUUUCACAUUUCACACAUUACCUGUCGAUGAAGCUGUCUGUGUCAUCAGGGCAGUAACUCUGGUCACUAUCAGAGGCCUCAUGAUGGCGUGUCCUUUUCAUAGGAGUCGAGGGAGAGUCUGGCAACAACGGAGGAGGUGUCACAUGACACACUUUUAUUCUGAGGUCUUGCUUGACCAGCUGUGAAAAUAGGUCGCUAAACUAUUGCUGGACAUGUUAUGAUACCAGGGACGGCCUGUUCAAUAGGGCGAUAUGGGCGACGCACUGCCAAACGGGAAAAGGAAGGGAUUUUUUUUCUAAUCAAUUAUAUCACGGCAACAGUAGUUAUCAGUGUUCUAAUCUGAUCUGACUGCCACUAAAUGUCAAAUCAGGCUAAAGUCGUGCUUCAAAUGGCCCCGCCCGUUUUUGGGGCGAUUUCAGUCAGGUUGAAAAUCGCCCAGAAGUCUCUCAUAGCCUGUCAUGUAAAAUCUAUUUUUUUCAAAUUUCAAAGUUUUCAAUACAAUCUCUAUGGGUGUCUGUGGGCUUGCACUUACGCGCUUUCGUCAUACGUGACGUAACCAUGAACGUAACUAAGAAAAUAGCGGCUAGCAGCGUCUCUGUUGCGACCUGCAGUGUGGCGUUAUCUUAUGUUUUUAAUUUGUACACUUAGUGGCGUUAUUUUAUGUUUUUAAUUUGUACACUUAGUUUACAAACAUUCUGCCAACCAUGGAUUUCCAGUGGUGGGUUUUGGACUGAUCUUGUUGAUCGUGUACAUACCCGCUACGAACUGACUAAAUAAUGAAAACGCUGCUGGCAGCGGAAUCCAAUACAGCUGGGAGACUUGGCUGGAUGACAGAGUCCCGGACAGAGAAGUGGAGCCGGCCGGCUUCACCCUGGUCAGAGCGGACCUCGAUCUGACAGUCACAGGGAAAAUCGAUCCUGGUAAGAGAGCGACUCUGUACCCCCGACAUUGAACUGCUUUCUGUUUCACUGCGACCUUACAAUCUGCCCCGUGAGUUCCCCCAAUUGUUUGUUACCGUUGUGUACUGUUGAUAAUCACAAGUUUACUGGAGAACUGAGACCAAGUAGAGACUUUGGACAGGGUGGAUAUGGUAUAAUAAAGGCAGUUUAUUCAGAGGUAAAGAUAUCUGGAAUCGCGUGCACGGACUCGUUCGUCAAACUCUUAGGGAGCUAUCUGAAGAGAGCCCCGAAAACAUUGUGUGCAGACAUUUUAUACAAUAAAUGAUGUAGGUUGAAUCUAGUAGUUCUGAUCUUCUGAUUGGUCCUGAUGAGUUGGGCGAGGUCCCCUCCACUGUUGCAUUGGCUCUGAGUCGGGUUCUCUGUCUUCAAAUGUUCAGCCUAAAGAGAGGGGAUUUUUGUGUGUGUGUGUGUGUGUGUGUGUUUAACAGUGAUGAUGUGUGUGUGUGUGUGUUAUCAGUGAUGAUGUGUGUGUGUGUGUGUGUGUGUGUGUGUCCUCAGAGCAAGAACUCGUGAGUUGGAAGAACUGAGAGACCUAUGGCGUGGGUGUUGUCCUUGGCCACCUGCUGACAAGGCUGACAAGAUAGGACUCUUUUGUCCAUUGUUAUAGGAUAGGAACAGCAUUGAUUGAAAACAAACGCCCAACACAAAAUGGGUCAUGCACAAGAUUUUAGUCAGACCAAGCUAUAACAUUAUAUAUUUACUACGACAGUACAUUCAACCAAAAGCUAAUAUAACAAAGGCAUCAGAGAUUAUUUAUAAUCUGUCACAGAAACUGGAAUCCAUCUCCCCAGAUCAGUCAAUAAAUGCUUCUGGUAUUGACUUAUAUGCUGCCCCUGUCUUCAUGUUGUUGCUGGACAUAUCUUUUUUAAAAUGUGUGUAGGUCACCUAAAUCAUCAGAAAAAUUGCCCCUCCUGAGAAUUUUUUCAGGAGCCGCCACUGUAUGAUACUCACCUUUGCUCCUUCUGGUAGGUCCCGGCAUCCGUUCAUGACCAGGGGAUCAGUCUGGCACCCAACUGUGCACUUUGUCUAUCAGAAUAACAGGGUUAAUGGUUGUCAUCAUCCCUCAAUUAUAGACAUAGCUAAAUAAAUCUUGUUUGGAAGCUAAUUCUAUGCUUUGCAGAUGUAGACUGACCGGCACCAGAUUGGAUUCAGGCUGGUGACGCCAUUACAAUAUGCAACUAACUGUGACAUGUUUUGCUAUGGCCCUGGGUUGGUUUGACUUUGUUGCUGCUAGUUAGUACGUUGUUGUAGUCAGACAUGAUUUAGCUGCCACAUCCGACGCUCAUCGGAUGUGGCAGGGCUUGAAAACUAUUCCAGACUACAAAGGGAAGCACAGCCGCGAGCUGCCCAGUGACACAAGCCUACCAGAUGAGCUAAAUCACUUCUAUGCUCGCUUCGAGGCAAGCAACACUGAAGCAUGCAUGAGAGCAUCAGCUGUUCCGGAUGACUAUGUGAUCACGCUCUCCGUAGCUGAUGUAAGUAGGACUUUUAAGCAGGUAAGUAUUCACAAGGCCGCAGGGCCAGACGGAUUACCAGGAUGUGUACUCUGAGCAUGCGCUGACCAACUGGCAAGUGUCUUCACUGACAUUUUCAACAUGUCCCUGACUGAGUCUGUAAUACCAACAUGUUUCAAGCAGACCACCAUAGUCCCUGUGCCCAAGAACACUAAGAUAACCUGCCUAAAUGACUACCGACCCGUAGCACUCACGUCUGUAGCCAUGAAGUGCUUUGAAAGGCUGGUCAUGGCUCACAUCAACACCAUUAUCCCAGAAACCCUAGACCCACUCCAACUUGCAUACCGCCCCAACAGAUCCACAGAUGAUGCAAUCUCUAUUGCACUCCACACUGCCCUUUCCCACCUGGACAAAAGGAACACCUACGUGAGAAUGCUAUUCAUUGACUACAGCUCAGCAUUCAACACCAUAGUGCCCUCAAAGCUCAUCACUAAGCUAAGGACCGUGGGACUAAACACCUCCCUCUGCAACUGGAUCCUGGACUUCCUGACGGGCUGCCCCCAGGUGGUAAGGGUAGGUAACAACACAUCUGCUACGCUGAUCCUCAACACGGGGGUCCCUCAUUGGUGCGUGCUCAGUCCCCUCCUGUACUCCCUGUUCACCCAUGACUGCAUGGCCAGGCACAACUCCAACACCAUCAUUAAGUUUGCCGACGACACAACAGUGGUAGGCCUGAUUACCGACAACGUUGAGACAGCCUAUAGGGAGGAGGUCAGAGACCUGGCCGUGUGGUGCCGGGAUAACAAUCCCUCCCUCAACGUGAUCAAGACAAAGGAGAUGAUUGUGGACUACAGGGAAAAAAAGAGGACUGAGCACGCCCCCAUUCUCAUCGACGGGGCUGUAGUGGAACAGGUUGAGAGCUUCAAGUUCCUUGAUGUCCACAUCACCAAGAAACUAUCAUGGUCCAAACACACCAAGACAGUCGUGAAGAGGGCACAACAAAGCCUAUUCCCCCUCAGGAGACUGAAAAGAUUUGGCAUGGGUCCUCAGAUCCUCAAAAAGUUAUACAGCUGCACCUUCGAGAGCAUCCUGACUGGGUGCAUCACCACCUGGUAUGGCAACUGCUCGGCCUCCGACCGCAAGUCAGUACAGAGGGUAGUGCGUACGGCCCAGUACAUCAUUGGGGCCAAGCUUCCUGCCAUCCAGCACCUCUAUACCAGUCGGUGUCAGAGGAAUGCCCUAAAAAUUGUCAAAGACUCCAGCCACCCUAAUCAUAGACUGUUCACUCUGCUACCGCACGGCAAGUGGUAGCAGAGUGAAGCUUCUUAACAGCUUCUACCCAAGCCAUAAGACUCCUGAACAGCUAAUCAUGGCUAACCGGAUAAUUUGCAUUGCCCCCCCACCCCACCCCAACCCCCUCUUUUGAAAUGUUAUUGUGUUUCCAAGCAAAAUCCAAUUUGUAUUGAGGUAGGCUAACGUUAGCUAGGUAGCUUGCUAGCUAACAUCAGCUAUGCUAGCGACGAUGGUGAUAAUGAUUAUCAAAAUAUACAUAGCCAGAUACAUAACCAGCAGUCUAUGUUCUAGCUACUGGUGUACUCGCUACCAUUGGGGACCAACUAACUCCAACACCCUAUUCCGCACAGUAGGCUCCUUCAGCAGGGCAUGCAAACCAUGGUUGGCUGUGCAUCCUGCUGGACGCAUGCAUUGUCGCAAUCUGCAUAGGGCUUUUCAGUCUAAAACGGCCGUGAUCCUUUGAAUGGAACCUAUUCAAUGAAGGGAAGCGUAGUGGGCAGAGGGGCGAUUUGCACGUGGAGCUUGGCAAAAGGGGGAAUUAAUUGUUGACAUAAUUGUAAUCCAAACUCAACCUUAAUUUACUAAUUGUGAUGCACUCAGGUUCCAAACCCCGUUUUAGACUAGAUUGACUUUAUGACCAAAAUGAUCCUAUUUAUCCAUUGUAGUAAAUAGAUGGAUAAUGGUAGUGACAUUGUUAAGCCCUCAGGGGACAUUGAUUGGGUCACAAGCUCAGCAGCAAAAUCAUAUAGACAAAAAUACACACAAACUUUAUUGAACAGUAAUCUGCAUUCACACUGUACUGGCUAAAAGUGCUAUGGUAUGUUUUACUAUGAAAUAGACACAGUUUAAUUAUAUUUCCCUAUAUUCCUUCCUUUGUGUUAUUUACAGACAUGUCAGUCCCUCCAGGAUUUUGCUGUGUUUUUUAAACAUUUGCCAGCAAAAAUGCUUUGUUGAUGUGUGGCUUGACUGUGGGAAAAGUUUGUUGGUGUUUGGCUUGAUUGAACCGUUCUAUGCUGUAAAAGUGCGGCAAUUGGUUAAAAUGGCGAGCCCUCUUUUUGUAGUGCGUGAUCAGUUUUAUGUGGUAAUAUUGCGGUGAUUUGACGGUUUUAUGCGGUAGCCUAAUAGUGAUUAGCCAAAUUUACAAGGCCUUGCAUAAUAUGUGGGGCAUUUUUGAUUUUGCUAAAUCGUGGAGGGACUUUUAUAUACUGUGAAAGCAUUAUACAGUACUAGUGCUACUGCUACUACUAGCAUGAGCUUGUGGUUAUGCUUUUCCUUAUACAGCAAAGUAAGCAUCUUUCUCUCACUCUCUCUUUAUUGCUCUCUCGCUCUCUCUGCUUUCUUUUUCUCUCUUGCUCUCUCAGGUCUGGGACCUUGGACCUGAACUCUUGUUCUAAGGAUGGCGACACCCUGAGCUGCAGCCAAUCAGAUUCCGGCAAGAUCAACUUCUUCAUCCAGACGGUUCCCCAGAAGUCCGUAGUUAUGUGCUACCGCGUGCGCUGGGAGGAGCUAGAACACGAAAAUUCCGUGGAACAUGCCAUGGCCAUGACCAAUGGCUCGCAUUGGUACGGAGGGGCGGAGGGGCUGGUACGAAGGGGCUGGCCAAUCAGCAUCCAGGGCCGGGAAGAGCCACGCCCCUUCAUUACCAGCGACGUCUACUCCAGUCGGAACGGUUUCGGGGGGAUCAUCGAACGCUAUUGGCUGUCUUCGAACGCUACGGCGAUUAAGAUUAAUGACUCUGUACCGUUCCACCUGGGCUGGGAUGAGCAGGACCGGACGCUGAGGUUCCAGGCUCGUUACCAGGAAUCUCCCUACAGGCCAGCCCCGGGACAGCGCCCCCUACCGGAACUCAGCUACAGAGUGUGUGUGGGCGCUGAUGUCACCUCUAUACACAAGUACAUGGUGAGGAAUUUCUCAUACAAUAUUGCACCUAUUAGUUAUCGCAUCUGCCUGCCUGCCUGCAUGCAUGCAUUGAAAGACGAAGGCACUGGAGGAUAGUGAGCGAGAAAGAGAGUGGGGGAAUCCCAAAUCGUCCCCUAAAAUGUGUGCGUAGGGAUUAGAGGACGAUUUGGGAUUGCGCCACUCUCUUUCUCUCUCUUGCUGUCCUCCCAGAACCUUCUGUCUUUCCCUGUACCCUCUCUGUGAGAGAGAAUGAUACAGAUAUUGAGAAUUAUAGAUGGAGAGAGUGAGGAUAGAGAGAGAGCGAAAAGGAGAGGGGGAGAUUGUCGUAUUGUGUUGAUGCUAAUAAUUCUCUAUUUGUGUGUAUUAUUUUUUUUUCCAUCUGUCUUUGUCAGGUGCGUCGCUACUUCAACAAGCCCAACAAGGUGCCAUCAGCAGAGGUGUUCAGGCAUCCCGUGUGGUCCACUUGGGCAAUCCAUAAGAACUCCGUGGACCAGGACAAAUUGCUCCGCUACGCCAGCGAUAUCACCGCCCACGGCUUUUCUUGCUCACACUUGGAGCUUGAUGACCGCUACACGACCAGCUACGGAGAGUUCGACUUCGACCCACAGAAAUUCCCCAACGCCACCGGCAUGUUCAAGAAACUACGAGAGGAUGGCUUCCUGGUUUCGUUGUGGACGCACCCGUUUGUCAACUACGACUCUGUGAACUUUGGCAUCGGGGUGGAGAGAGGGCUGUUCGUACGCGCGCCGGACGGUGAACUCCCCGCGUUAGUGCGAUGGUGGAACGGGAUUGGCGGGAUCCUGGAUUUCACCAACCCCGAAGCCCGCGAGUGGUACUCCUCCCACCUCCGCUCUCUCAAAACCCUCUACGACGUGGUCUCCUUUAAGUUUGAUGCCGGGGAGACCAGCUAUCUCCCUCUGCAGUUCAGUACUCUGAAUCCACUCCAGGACCCGUCGACGUUCACACGGCGCUACACAGAGAUGGCGGCCCCCUUUAAAGAGCGUGCAGAGUUGAGGGUGGGCUACCAGAGUCAGAACAUCUCCUGUUUCUUCCGGAUCAUCGACAGGGACUCUGUGUGGGGUUACGAGCUGGGACUCAAGUCGAUCAUACCGACAGUACUUACCAUCAGUAUCCUGGGCUACCAGUUCGUCCUACCUGAUAUAAUCGGAGGGAACACCUAUCCUAACCGCACCUCUGGUUGGUAUCACAAUUUUAAUUGUUGUUUGUGUAGUACACAUUGGCCUUUUUUCAAGAGGGUAAAAGUCCAUCCUGUCUUCUUCUCCUCUGUGACCCGUAAACUGAUAAGUAGUCGCCAUAUGUAGGAGUGUGCCAAUUCAUGGGUGAAUGGAGGAGUUUCCUCCUGUCCUCGAUUGCCUCCUCUGGCAGAGGAUGCCCAGGUGUAUCCUACCGCGGAAGUGAUUUCAAAUCAGCCUGUGACGUGUGCCCUACCCCACAUCCCCUUUGCAACAGCUGUUGGAAUUGCGGAAGAGAAAAGCGUGCACAAAUGUUAAACUAUACGCUACUGAUUAUUUUAUCUAUAAAAAUGUCUAACAACUAAAUACAUUUGUUUCAUCACCCCACACAUGGAUUUUUUGCCAUUCUGUUGUUAUAGGGAGUGCUGGGGACCCAGGUCUACCAGACAGAGAGCUGUACAUCCGCUGGCUCGAGAUGUCUGCCUUCAUGCCUGCCAUGCAGUUCUCUAUACCACCCUGGGCUUACGACAGUGAGGUGAGAUGCACACACACAUAAAUACACUGUUUUACUGUUCGUAUAUGGUUGUUCAAGCCUCCUUAUUCAAAUGGCUAUUGUGUCUGCUAAAUUAUUAAAAUACAGUGCCUUCAGAAAGUAUUCACACUCCUUGACUUUUUCCAGAUUUUGUUGUGUUACAGCUAGAAGUUAAAAUGGAUUAAAUUGAGAUUGUGUUGUCUCUGGCCUACACACAACACCCUAUAAUGUUAAAGUGGAAUUAUUUUUUUCAAAAUAUUUACAAAUGUAUGAAAAGCUGAAAUGUCUUAAGUCAAUAAGUAUUCAACCCCUUUGUUAUAGCAAGCCUAAAUAAGUACAGGAGUACAAAUGUGCUUUACAAGUCACAUAAUAAGUUGCAUGGACACUGUGUGCAAUUUAAAAUUAUCUGUAAGGUCCCUCAGUUGAGCAGUGAAUUUCAAACACAGAUUCAACCACAAAGAACAGGGAGGUUUUCCAAUUUAUUUAUUUAUUUAUUUAACCUUUAUUUAACCAGGAAGGGCUCAUUGAGAUUUAAAAUCUCUUUUUCAAGAGCGUCCUGGUCAAGAUAGGCAGCACCAAGUCAUUACAAAAAAUUACAGACAGACAACAUGAAAAACUACAAGUAAUCUAGUAAAAACCAUUCAUGAAUUCACAAGAGUAUAACAAUAUAAAAAACAGCAAAUUAAAAACAUUGACAGGUCAGGGAAUCAGCCUCAAAAUCCUUCAUCAGAGAUUUAAAAACACCAAUCGGGACAAGUUCUUCCAGUUUAAAAUUAUUUUGUAAGGUGUUCCAAGACGAUGGCGCAGAGUACAUAAAAUACCUUUUACCAAAUUCAGUUCGGACAUUUGGAACAGUUAGCAGGAUAAAGUCCAGUGAACGAAGAGAGUACCCACCACAUUUCUGAACAAUAAAAAUGCCCAAAUAAAAAGGUAGUAAACCCAAAAUGGCUUUGUAAAUAAAAGUAUACCAGUGACUGAGCCUACGAGUGACUAGAGAAGGCCAGCCAACCCUGGUAUACAAAGUACAGUGGUGCGUAAGGGUUUUGCAGUUUAAAAUAAAUCUCAAAGUACCAUGAUAAAGAGUGUCAAUUGAUCUCAAACACUGAGCGGAAGCAUUCAUAUAUAAAAUAUCCCCAUAGUCUAGUAAAGGCAUAAAUGUAGCUGAUACUAGCCUCCUUCUGGCUUCAAAAGAAAAACAGGCCUUAUUCCUAAAAUAAAAUCCCAAUUUCAGCUUCAAUUUUUUUGUAAGUUGUUGAAUAUGCAAUUUAAAAGAGAGGCCGUCAUCAAUUAGAAUUCCAAGAUAUUUAUAUGAGGUUACAACCUCAAUCUCCUUGCCCUGACAGGUAGUAACAGGUGAAAGGUUCAGAGGUCUAUUUCUUGCAUUAGAAAACACCAUUAGUUUAGUUUUGUCAGUAUUGAGGAUAAGCUUCAAUUGACACAAGGUAUGUUGAACAGUAUAAAAAGCAGUUUGCAAGUUCUGGAAAGCUUUUGUAAGAGAUGAGGCACAACAGUAAAUAACAGUAUCAUGAGCAUAAAAAUGAAGUUGUGCAUUUUGGACAUUUUUGUCUAAAUCAUUAAUAUAAAUAGUGAAUAAGAGAGGACCAAGUACAGAGCCCUGGGGCACACCAUUCAGGACAGACAAUUUAACAGACAUAAGCCCAUCAAAUUGAGUGCACUGAGUUCUAUCAGACAGAUAGUUAGCAAACCAUGCAACUGCAUGCUCCGAAAGACCUACACUCAACAAUCUCUGCCUUAGUAUAGCAUGAUCAACUGUAUCAAAAGCCUUAGAGAGAUCAAUAAAAAGUGAGACACAGUGCUGUUUUUUGUCAAGGGCUUCAGUGAUAUCAUUUAAAACCUUCAUGGCUGCUGUAAUUGUGCUAUGCUUCUUCCUGAAGCCCGAUUGAUACAUUGAUAAAAUAGAGUUAGUAAAUAAAAACUCUUUUAGCUGUUCACUUACAAGGGUUUCAAGUAUUUUCACCAGGGGUGACAGCUUUGAGAUUGGCCUAUAAUUAUUUAAAAGAGUUGGAUCUCCCCCUUUUAAAAGUGGUAGGACAAAUGCUGACUUCCAGAUCUUUGGAAUUUCAUUACAUUCCAGGGUUAGAUUGAACAGAUAUGUAAGUGGUUCAGCUAUGAAAUCAGCUGCCAGAUUUAAAAAGCAGGGAUCCAAAAGAUCAGGACCUGCAGGCUUUCUUUGAUCUAAGGAUUUCAGGGCUUUAUGUACCACCUGCACUGAGAAUGGCAGAAAACGAAAAGUUUGACGAGCUCUCACUGGUUCAUCCACACAGGGUUGUACAGAGACAGAGGACACUGGUUCAUCCACACAGGGUUGUACAGAGACAGAGGACACUGAAUCAAACAGCCUACCAGAUGAUACAAAGUGCUCAUUGAAACAAUUCAGCAUUUCAGUUUUGUCAUAUAUAGCAACAGAGUCCUUCAAAACACAUGACGGUAAUUCAUUAACAUUACUGUUACCAGACAUAUACUUAAUAGCAUUCCAAAACUUUCUAGGGUCAUUCAGGUUAUCAGUGGUAACAGACAUAAAAUAUUCAGACUUGGCCUUCCUGAGAAGAAAAGAACACUUGUUUCUUAACUGCCUAAAAAUAAUGCCUCGCAAAGAAGGACACCUAUUGGUAAAUGUUUUUUUUUUUUACAUUUUGGAUGGUGUUUCAAUACACCCAGUCACUACAAAGAUACAGGCGUCCUUCCUAACUCAGUUACCGUAGAGGAAGGAAACCGCUCUGGGAUUUACCAUGAAGCCAAUUGGUGACUUUAAGACAGUUACAGAGUUUAGGAGUGAUAGGAAAAAACUGAGGAUGGAUCAACAACAUCGUAGUUACUCCACAAUACUAACCUAAUUAACAGUGAAAAGAAGGAAGCCUGUACAGAAUAAAAAUAUUCCAAAACAUGCAUCCUGUUUGCAACAAGACACUAAAGUAAUACUGCAAAAAAUGUGAAAAGGCAAUUAACUUUUUCUCCUGAAUAUAAAGUGUUAUGUUUGGGGCAAAUCCAAUACAACACAUUGCUCAGUACCACUCUUUAUAUUUUCAAUCAUAGUGGUGGCUGCAUCAUGUUAUGGGUAUGCUUGUAAUCGUUAAGGACUGGGGAGUUUUUCAGGAUAAAAAAUAAAUGUAAUAGAGCUAAGCACAGGCAAAAUCUUAGAGGAAAACCUGUUUCAGUCUGCGUCCCACCAGACACUGGGAGAUGAAUUCCCCUUUCUGCAGGACAAUAACCUAAAACACAAGGCCAAAUCUACACUGGAGUUGCUUACCAAGAAGAGAGUGAAUGUUCCUGAGUGGCCGAGUUACAGUUUUGACUUAAAAAUGCUUGAAGAUCUACGGCAAGAAAUGGUUGUCUAGCAAUGAUCAACAAUCAAUUUGACAGAGCUUUAAGAAUUUUGAAAAGAGUAAAUAUUACAAAUAUUAUUACAAUAAUAAAUAUUAUUUAUUGCAAAUAUUGUACAACUAGGUGUGCAAAGCUCUUAGAGACAUACCCAGAAAGACUCAAAGCUGUAAUCGCUGCCAAAGGUGAUUCUAACAUGUAUUGACUCAUGGGUGUGAAUACUUAUGUAAAUUAAAUGUAUGUAUUUCAUUUUCAAUACAUUUGCAAACAUUUUAAAUAACAUGUUUUCACUUUGUCAUUAUGUGCAAUUGUGUGUAGAUGAGGGGAAAAAAAUCUAUUUAAUCUAUUUUGAAUUCAGGUUGUAACAACAAAAUAUGGAGUAAGUCAAGGGAUAUGAAUACUUUCUGAAGGCAAAAGUUUGGACACACCUACUCAUUCAAGGGUUUUUCUACAACGUAGAAAAUAGUAAAAAUAAAGAAAAUCCCUGGAAUGAGUAAGUGUGUCAACUUUUGACUGGAACUGUAUGUGUGUGUGCUCAGGUGGUGGCGAUAGCCCUCAAGUUCACGGCACUCCACGAGUCCCUGGUGGCCCCCAGAGUUUUAGAACUGGCGGGGGAGGUCCUCAACACGGGAGACCCAAUCAUACGGCCCCUUUGGUGGAUCGCCAACGACGACGAGGCGGCAUAUAAGAUCGACUCCCAGUUCCUGAUCGGGGAUGACCUGAUGGUGGCUCCAGUACUAGAGCCUGGGAAGCAGGAGAGAGAUAUCUACCUGCCCGCUGGGCGCUGGAGGAGCUACAAGGGAGAACACUUUGAUAAAGGACCCAUGCAUCUGACUGAUUAUCCUGUGGAUCUGGAUGAGAUCGCUUACUUUACAUGGGUGGAUUAG